AUGCAGUUCUCCAUCACCUCUCUGUUCGCCGCCCUGGCCCUUGCAGCAACCACAAGCGCUGCGGCAAUCGAGUCGAGGCAGAACGACAACAGGCCCGUCGCCGACGGAGCGUGCUGCGUGGCGGACUCGAGCUUGAAGGAGGACGUGUGCACUGUCAACGGAGCAGCGGGCAAGUGUGUGCCGGCUGGAUCUGCCAACUGUGGCGCCGCCUUGACAUGUGUCCAAGUUGACCUUCUGACGUGCGAUGCCAACACGUUGGAGAAUGGACGCCCGCGAUGCAGACCUACUGCAUAG